UUAGUUUACAUCUCUGGUGAAUUCUUCCCUUGAUAAUCGUUUUUACGCAUUCUUCUGUUAUUAGCUUACAUCUCUGGUGAUUAUUUCUUGAUAAUUUAUUUUUACGCAUUCUUUUGUUAUUAGCUUCCAUCUCUGGUGAAUUCCUUUGUCGAUACCCUGGGAGGUGCGCUCAAUGAUUCACUUUCUUCAGUUGUGGAUGGUGUUUUGCCAGAAAAGGAGAAAGACGGUGGCAAACGCAAAGAUGGUGAGCGUCCCGCGCCCGAAGAGCUGUGCGAGUCGGCGAGAAGACGCAAAUAUCUGUACUGGCGAAUCGCGGAAACCCCGACAGAAGAUCUGAUUCAGUCAGGACAUCAGUUCCUUGAUAUGGUGCAAGAGUGCUCGUUCGCAGGAGUUUCUUGCUUGGGCUACAACUGGACUCAAUUCUGGAACCACUUAUACGGGAACUGCUUUGUGUUCAACACGGCAAUGAUCGGGUCUAACAGAGAACGCAACAACAUCAGUUACACGUCCUCUAUCCCUGGACCUUCAGACGGUCUUUUGCUUCGUCUUCGAAUCGAAGGCGAGGAGUACCUGGGUAACUUCUCCACUGUUUCUGGAGUGAGGGUACACAUUUCUGACCGGCACGAGAUGCCUUUCCCUGGAGACAAGGGAUUUAGCGUUUCGCCUGGUUUUGAAACCUCAGUAGGAAUGCGAAAGGUUUUCAUACAUCGGGAGGACCCUUUUGGGAAUAACUCGUGCAUAUCUGAUGUCGGCAAGCCGGUUGUAAGGCCAGACUACUACAUGGAAAACUUCGGUGUAAACUAUUCCACGAUUGCCUGCCGAUCGAGCUGUGUCGCCAAUCUCCAGAAAACCAUGUGUGGCUGUGUGGAGUCUGCUUACGCCAUCACAGAUGAGCUCAGGAAGAUCGUGUGCAAUGCUCUAAACUCGACUGUUUUUAGAUGCAUCGUGAAAGCAAACGAGACUGCUGAAGAUUCUGACGGGAAAAGCUGUUUAACCAAGUGCGCCAUCAGAUGCGACGAAAACAUCUACAAGUUGACUAUUUCGUCUGCGGUGUUUCCUUCCCCAUCUUAUCAGAAUAUUAGUUCACAAGACCUCAAGUCGUACUCGGGUAAUGAGGAACAGAUAAGUGCAAACCUUUUGUCACUGAGGAUUUUCUUCGAAGAACACAACUACGAGACCAUCGAGCAGCGCAAGUCAUACGAGCUUAUAGAUUUCCUGUCAGAUAUCGGAGGACAAAUGGGCAUGUUUGUCGGACUCUCAAUACUGACAUGCGCAGAACUCAUCGAGCUGCUAGCCUUAAUUAUCAUGCACCUAUUCAAUAGAGAUCACAAGAGAGGUGCCGUGGGCGCAGACACAGUGACCCCUGUCAUUGAGCUGAAAAAGAAGCCCCUGGUCGAAUUACCACGUGUUCAGUAAAAAAAAGAAAAGCGCUUGAAAAAGAAAAGAUUUAGAAAGUGUUAAAAAACUGCCCUACCGUGUAAAUACGACAGGGGAAUUCUUUGAUUAUUUAAGGCUUGCUUUGGAUGGAAUAAAAUAAGGUUUUUAGGCUGAAAAAAAGGGGAAAGUGUUCCUCUUCUAGCAGCCGAAAAAACUGAAAAUGUAUGAGAAAUUAUUUAAAAUACAGCAGAAAAUGACUUUGAAAGGGCCUUUUGGGCCCCCUCCUGUUAAAAUUCCUGGCUACGCCGCUGUACCGCAUUUAAUAAACACUUCCUUACUGUAAAAAAA